ACAGCGGGCCUAGGCUGGGGAGACUGGAAGGAUCAGAGGUCCAGGCAAUGCCCACAGCAGGACAAUGGCCAGUGGCGGCAGCUACCUCAGCACCAGGAUGUCUGAAGAAGAAAAGCGUAUCUAUGACAUUGCACUCUGCCACUUCAAAAGAGAGAAGGUCACAAUUUCAAAUAUAAUAAAAGUAGCAUUUCCUUUCCUUGAACUUCUCCGUGACUAUGGAUUCAUCAACAAUGAAAUGUAUGAAAAGUCUAAAGAAUCUUUUAAAACACCGGGUUAUGAAAAAGAAGUCAUAUACCAUGUUCUCGAUGAAGUGGAGAAGUCAUUUAACCUGUCCCUUCUGGAAGCAUUGUUCAGGAAGGACAUCAUGGACACCUACCGUGGUUUGAAUGAUAUUUAUAAAGUCUUCAAAAAAGUGAUACCAAACAUACAACAGUUCCUAAGAAGUAAUGGAGAAGAUAAUGAGGAGAGACCUGAUAUCCAACAGAGCCUUGAACAAGGUACAGCCCCACCUGUAAAUGGCCUCUCAGAGCAAUACCAUGAAACACAAGAGAUAAAUGUGAAUGAAACAGGUACAACCAGCAACAACAAUGAUGCACUAGAAAGCAGACAAGGAAAUGAACAAUGUGCUCAAGAAUCUGAGCAGGAUGGAGUGGAGCCACCCCGCCAUGGAAACCAAAUCAAUAACUGCUCUGUACACCUAGUGAAUAUAAAGGAGGAAGAUCCGUCUUUAAAUUCAGAUGUUGAAUGGGAAGCCCAAGCAAGGAAUGACUGCAACCAGGCAUCUGACAUAAUAGUGAUCGACAGUGAUGAUUCCAGAGAAUCCAGUGAUGGAGAUGUGCCCCCCAAAGCUUCCAGCUCAGCAUUGAAAAGGAAAAGUGGUACUGUGGAUUUUGGAAACAACUCCAUUUCAGAAAAAGCCAAGAAGAGAAGAAGGGGAAAACUGCACACAGAUGUGGAAGUGGAUUAUACAGCUGAAAUACUUCCUGUGACCUGUGGGGAGAAGAUGGGCAUGUUAAUUAAGAGAAAAUUGAAACGAGGAGCCACGGUGAAGUGUAUAAGGAGAGAGGAUGGAAAUUGGUGCACCCCCAGGGAAUUUGAAGUUGAAGGAGGCUAUGGAAAAUCAAGUAACUGGAAGAACAGUGUGUACUGCGGUGGGACAGCCCUAAAAAACCUGAAAGAGUAUCUACCUGAACUUCCAGGAAAAGGUGGCGUGAAGAAAAAGCUGGAAAACACAGUGAAAUGCAAGAUCUGUGAGGAUGAAGGAAAGCUCUUCAACUGCAGUCGUUGUUUCAGCUUCUUUCAUGAGGACUGUCACAUCCCACCUGUGGAUCCUACGAGGAUCCGUGAGUGGAGAUGUACCUUCUGCACAAUACAAGUGUCUUUAAGAAGUCAGCAGUGUUGCAGUGAAUCUGAAGUCCUGAAGAGACAGAUGGGGCCAGAAGAGAAGUUGAAAUGUGAAUGCCUACUCCUAAAGGUCUAUUACCAUUUAGAGAGCAAAAUUUUUCUGAAUAUUCCACAUGAACAUUAUGUUCAAAAGGCUUCUCAAUGCCUAGAGACACUUAAGGGCUUGGAUGAAAUCAAGAAGAGUUUAAUUGAGGGACAUUACCCCCAAGUGAAGGAGUUUGUGCUUAAAAUGAACAACAUCUUUCAGGAUCAUAAGCACUAUGACUCCGACCUAACAGAAGAGGAAUUUAAGAAGAAUUUCAAAGACGUCUUCGCUAUUCAGUAAACAAAUCAGAACAGUUCACUAGUGUAGUGGAUGCUGUUGAUACCCUGGAAAAUCUCGAUUUCAGGCAGAUUUCUCAUCCCUGCUGUUAUGUGUAUUGACUGCUUAUGCCAUCUCUCCCCAGUGUAUUUCUUUGGGCCAAAUGGAGGCAUAUUCACCUGAAAGUUAAAUCUCUUUGUCCUGGGGGCUGGUUCCCAGCACCAAAGAUGAACCAACCAUGUGGAGUGAUUCAUGUUCCUGUGCUCCUCAGGGAAUCAGGCUAGAGCUAGUCUCCAGCUAUGACCACAUCUUUGCUUAGCAUUUCCCAGCACAGUGUCCUGCUUCCCUUAUCCCUCCUCCUCCCAAGAAAAUUCUCACAAUAAAUCACUGACUAAAGAGA